AUGCAAAAUAACGAAUUUAAUGAGGUCAUUAAAAGUACAAUGACGUUACUUGUUAGACACGAGAGUGGAGGGGACGCACAACACAAUGAGGGGCAUCGUAAGAAACAUUUUGCAAAUGUAUAUUAUGGAUACUGGGUCCUCAUGAUUUCAUUUCUAUAUUUAAUAUUUAUCUAUGCCAUUAGAAAAAUGCCCAACAGGCCAUCAGUUUCAUCUCUUCAUGCACAUAUUUUAAACAAAAUUUACCGGUUGGAUCCAAUGGUUCAUUUACUAAUAAUAUUUAUACCUGUAUGUUUAACGAUUCCAACACAUUAUUCUUUUGUUCAGAAUUUUGGCUUGUAUGCAAAAAGAAUUGGUAGAAUGAGUUAUGUCCUGGUCACCUUAAACCUUGUUAUCAGUCUGAAACCACCUGUGUUCCUUUACAAACAAGACUAUACGUAUGAUGAAUUUAUCCCACUUCAUAAAUGGCUUUCCAGAAUUAUAUUUCUUAUUGCCAUAGUACAUGGAUUAGCAUUUUUAUUCAAAUGGAGUUCUGAUCAGGCAGUUUCCCUUAUUGAAAAAUGUUCGAAUAUCCAAAAUUUUAUUGGUGUAUUCAUUGUGUUUUGGAUGUUAGUAUUGAUUGCUAUUUCAUUUGGUCGCAUGAGGAGAAGAAACUAUGUCCUAUUUUAUGUUGGACAUCAAUUGAUAAACUUACUCUUCAUAUUUGGAACACCGUUGCAUGCAAGACCAGGAGUAACCAGUCCAUAUUUUUGGUUAAAUUUUAUUUUACUAACUAUCCAUGGGAUCAAUAGGCUAGUUGUCUCUCAAGUCGUUAAAAUACACAGUAUUGUUAAAAAUACUAAUUCUCAGAAUUCAAACUUAUUGGCAAUCAUUCGACUAUCGAGAAAUGCUGCACCGACAGUAUAUCCGCCUGGUACGCAUAUUAGAAUAAGUCCCUAUGGUCGGUUCAAUCCGUUGUACUGGUUAUUUCCUUCUCAUCCUUAUACUAUUUGUAGUGCCCCAGAAGAAGCUGAAGUUUCCCUGAUCGUCUCUGAGUCUAAUUUCAGAAUGAUGACAGAAAAGGCAUACACUAUUGUUGGCUCAUAUCCAAGUAUUUUACCUAACGCCUUGAUUGAAGAUAUUGGGCAGCAGAUUUUGAUUGUGUGUGGUGGGAGUGGGAUUGGGUAUGGUUUGUCUUUAUUCGAAUAUUUUAAACAUAAUACAAAUGUUGAUUACCUUAAACUUAUUUGGUUGCUAAAAGAUCCAAGUGAUCUUGAAUUUAUUAGGGUAAAUUUUGGACUUCCAGACUUGAAAAUUGGAGAAAAUUUGGAAGUUUAUGUCACCGGUAAUAAUAAUUCAGAAACUACUAGUUCGUCAAAUGUAAACGAAGAAUCUUUUGAGAUGCAAACAACUUUGCAUACACGUAGAAUAAAUUGGAAUGAAGAUUUGAACGAUUAUAUUGAGCGUAAAAAUGAUAAGAGUUGGAUGAUUUGUUGUGGUCCAAAAAGUUUGAUCAACGAUGCUUGUGAUUACGCUACUCAAAAUGAUAUCAAUUUUAUUUCCGAGUACUACUCAAUUUAG